GUAUUUUUGGGAUCACCGAGGGCGUCUGGCACUGCCCUGGUGACGCCGCGGAGUGGUGCGCUGCGUGUAUAUAAAGGAAGGUCGCGUGGGUCCUGAGAGCGGACAGCACGCAGAUUGAUACUUGCCUAAAAAUGAAGGUCCUGUGCCUCGUGGCCGCUGCGUGUGUCGUGGCUGUGGCGGGAGAUGACACCAGGGGGGGCUUCCACGGCGGUGGUUUUGGCAGACCCGGAAGGCCUGGGAGACCUGGCAGUGGCAUUCUGGAUACCAUUGUAGACGGACUUACUGGGAGCAUACAUGGAGGACAAGGGGGAAUACACGGAGGCAUUCACGGUGGAGGCCACGGGGGUCACGGGGGUGUAGUGCAUGGGCGGCAGUGCGGUGUGAAUGUCCCCACGCACAUCACCACUGGCUGCAAGCUGUUCACUAGAAACCUCUACGGACAGUACGUGUGUGACAGGAACCAGAAGCCAGCCUACCGGUGCCCGCCCCUCCGUGCCGAGUGCCCUCUUGCCACCAGGUUCGGGCCGCCCAUUCAGUGCACGCUCGACACUGACUGUCCGGGCAUCUCUGACAAGUGUUGCUGUGACGCCUGCCUUGACCAUCCCGUGUGUAAACCUUCCGCCUAAACACCUGCCCUGCCUCCCACCACUGGCUUUCCCCUCCUCCCACUCCCUGCGCCAUCACCCCAGCCUGAUGUACCUAGGGAAGCUGCAAGAAGCUGUUAGGUCUACGCGUUGUCAUCCUUAUUAUGAAUCCUGCCUAUUUACUUCCACCUAUAAUUUAGAUUCAUAAUUUUGUCUUUCUUUUAAAGCUCCCUGAUGACUCGCCACUAGUAAUCUGGUUACUGAGUCUAUUCCAUUCAUCUACCACUGUGUAUGCGAACCAAUCCCUUCUUAUUUCUUUGUUGAAUUAAAAUCUAACUUUUAUCAAGCUUAAACCUAUUAUCUCUUGUGCAAUCCUGAUUAUUGACACUGAGGAUUGUAAUCUAAUCUUUCUAAGUUGGGAUCUUCAACGUUUCUUUGAAGUUCACUACGAUGAUUGGUUCAUAAGGGUCGAUUCUUAGAGUUAAGAAUCAAGUUUUCAAAAUAUUUCAAAGGUUCAUUUGAAAAAGCCGACACAGCUUCAGCCCCCUGCAUUGCUUAGGUCCUGUGGAUCACUGUAUCGGUGACACGCUGGGACUCAUUGUGGUGUUUCGAUACCUGCUUCGGGACUCAUCUCAAGCACCCGAGUCUCCACGUUGUUCAAGAAAUAAAUUGAAUGAAAAA